AUGCCCCAGCUCACCCCCACCCCGCACCCAGCCAUCGCCAGCUUCAUCAGCACCGACACCCCUGCACUCAUCAGAGCCAUCGCCCGCUUCCUCGGCCCACCCAUCCACGCCGGCGACCGCCGGGCCCCACCCCCACCGACGACCAAAUUCCAGGCGCAGUCCAAACCAACCAUCGACACCCACGACUAUCUCACCCGUCUCAUCACUCUCUGCCCACUCUCAAUCGACGGCGUCCUCCUCGGAUUGGUCUACCUCCAACGGAUCACUGAGCUCAGCCCCACCAGCCAUCCAAAACAACAUGCCGGCCCAGGCCAGCAACGCAUACCCAUCAACUCGCUCACCAUCCACCGACUGCUCCUCUCAUCCAUGAUCCUGGGCACAAAGUUCAUCUCCGACCGGCCCCUCCCCCGGAAACGACUCAGCAAGGUCGCCGGCGUAUCCGAAAUCGAACUCGACCAUCUCGAGCGGGAACUCUUGGACAGGCUGGACUUCAAACUCUGCUGGGCUACCGACGAACUCAUCCGCCUCACCCAGACCAUCCUCACCCCUGCACCCUCCGCCCCCUCACCAUCCUCCGAAUCAUCAUCUGAAUCAUCAUCAUCUGAAUCAUCAUCCUCAUCUUCUGUCUCAACAACAACAACAACAACAACAGCAACCAUCACCGCAACCAAACUCCAUACCCACAGAGCCUCUCUCUCCACCACCAUCACCUCCACCACUGUCCCCGCCCCGUCAGAGAUCAAUGCCCUCUUCAGACGCCACUCGACCAGCAAGGGCCUCGUCUUCGUCAAGUCCCAGUUCAUCGACUCCAACCUGCUGGCGGAGAAGUACGGCUUCAGCACAGAGUACAGCCGCAGAUCGGCCAGUCGGAUCGUCGAUUCCCUCAGCAGUAACCCGCCCAUCAACCAGCCCACUGAGCCCGCUGCUUCUUCCUGCUCCAAUCCUGCCACCAAGCCCAGAUCGACCUCCAAAAUCAUCGUCACCAGACUCGAACAUAACCAGAUCAAGAUCUGCCACGCCCAGGUCUUCUAA